AUGGCCGGGCUCGCUGCAGAAGAUGGGGUUUGGGCAAACCUUCAACCAAUCCAUUGUAGGAGUUUUGCGGCCGGUCUCGCUACAUAACCUAUUUUUCGGCGAUAGCGUCAACCGUCCGAUCUCUGCAGUCGAGUGGCCGGUCUCCCUGCAAGAAGUGUGGUUUGAGGAUCAUUUUAACCAGCACAUUCUCGGAGUCGUAUGGCCGGACUCGCUGCAAAAUCUGGGGCACCAAUUCAGCAAGACUAUCGUCGGGGUCGGGUGGCCGGCCUCCCUGCAGAAGCCAUCGUUCGGCGAUCGCUUCAACAAGCCCAUCGCAAGGGUAUCGUGGUCGCCUUUCCUUCAGCAGCUAUUGUUCGGCUGCUACUUCAACCAAACCAUAACCGGGAUCAAGUUGCCAGACUCCCUGCAACAGCUAUCGUUCGGUGACCGCAUCAAUCAACCCAUCGCGGGAAUCGGUUGGCCGGCUUCCCUGCCGCAGCUAUGUUUCGGGUGUUUCUUCAAUCAGCCCAUCACCGGGGUGGUUUGGCCGGCUUUACUGCGGCAACUGUCCUUCGGGGAUCAAUUCAACCAAGCGAUCAUUGGGGUCGUGUUGCCGGACUCCCUGCAACAACUGUCGUUUGGACUCAACUUCACCAACCGAUCGAGGGAGUCGUGUGGCCUGGGUCCCUGCAGCAACUGUCGUUUGGGUACUGCUUUCACCAGCCCAUCGUCGAAGUAUUGUGGCCGGCUGGUCUGA